AUGAUGAAAAAUGGAAAACCAUUGCAGAAUUCAUACACAAGGGGCACUGUGACGGCCUUCUCUCCUUUUGAUGCCAGAGCUGAUGCAGAAGCUCUCCGUAAGGCCAUGAAGGGAAUGGGGACUGAUGAAGAAACUAUUCUGAAGAUCCUUACCAGCAGAAACAACAGUCAGCGUCAAGAAAUUGCAUCUGCCUUUAAAACUUUAUUUGGCAGGGAUCUUGUAGAUGACCUGAAAUCAGAACUUACUGGCAAGUUUGAAACACUGAUGGUAUCUUUGAUGAGACCAACAUAUAUUUUUGAUGCUCAUGCACUAAAGCAUGCCAUUAAGGGAGCAGGAACCAAUGAGAAAGUGUUGACUGAAAUUCUUGCCUCCAGAACACCUGCAGAAAUACAGAAUAUUAAACAGGUUUAUCAGCAAGAGUAUGAGGCUAACUUGGAGGAUAAGAUCACAGGAGAAACAUCAGGCCAUUUUCAGAGACUGCUGGUGGUCCUGCUGCAGGCCAACAGAGAUCCUGAUGGCAGAGUUGAUGAUGCUCUUGUUGAGCAGGAUGCUCAGGUUUUGUUUAGAGCUGGGGAACUGAAAUGGGGAACAGAUGAAGAAAAGUUCAUCACCAUACUGGGAACCCGAAGUGUCUCCCAUUUAAGGAGGGUGUUUGACAAAUACAUGACCAUUUCUGGCUUCCAAAUUGAAGAGACCAUUGACCGUGAAACCUCCGGUGAUUUAGAGAAGCUGCUUUUGGCAGUUGUGAAAUGCAUCCGAAGCGUGCCUGCCUACUUCGCUGAGACUCUCUAUUACUCUAUGAAGGGGGCUGGCACUGAUGAUGAUACCCUGAUCAGAGUCAUGGUUUCAAGAAGUGAAAUUGAUCUGUUGGAUAUCAGACAGGAGUUAAGAAAGAAUUUUGCAAAAUCAUUGCAUCAAAUGAUUCAGAAAGAUACAUCUGGGGACUACAGGAAAGCACUCCUGCUCCUCUGUGGCGGAGACGAUGAGUAACAGUGACACGAAGGCUUUGUUGUACUCCAGCUUUGCAGCCCUUCAGUUAGCAUGUCUAGCUAAGUUUUUGUAUCUUAAUGCUUUGUGGCUGUUUGGAUUUAUACUUGCACUUAUUAAAAUGAGCAUAUUAUUAUCCAGGCAAUAGCUGAUCCCUCCUCUUCCUGACAGCCCAACUUCCAGGAAUUUCAAGUGCCUUCUGUUUAUGAGAGCCAUCGUCAUGGAAGAUGGGUACUGAGCACAGAGCCCAGUUCUCUGCAAGUGUUUUGCUGAAAUAGGAAGAAAAAAAAUCAUGUGUUUUACUAAUAUUUUAAGAUUAUCUUUUACUUGCCUUUUUCCCUUACCUUUCCACUGAAUGUUAAGCCAGCUUUAACACUGCAAAUGAAGACAAGAUGUCCGUGGUAUUUGAAUGAAUUUGCUGAACAGAAUGCAAGGAAUCAUUGCAAAUCUAAGGACCAAUAAAUUUUUUCCCUCUCAGCACAGUUGUAUGUGGUUUUUA